AUGGGCUCCCAAUCCUCAAAAUGCCCGAUCGAGGUCGAGACAGGGUUUGGACCUUCUGCCGAUUGCUACGACAAUUUCGACUUUACUCUUCUGUUCGAAGAGUCUAUCUUGACCAUAGUUCCCACUAUUUUGACACUGCUUCUUCUGCCUUGUUUCAUUCUCCGGCUACGAAAAAGUGAGCGGAAAGUGGACAGAAUAGGAAACAACUUGAUCUCGAUAUCACAUUAUGUCAAACAGGCUGGAUGGGCUGCACUUUUCGUGGCCACUGUCGUGCAAGUCGCCCUGACUAUCGAUCACCACACACCAAAGACUCGAACCUCAAUCGCUGCCAAUAUCCUUGUUCUCAUUUUGAUCUCGGGCCUUGCUUUUCUAUCUUUUUGGCAUCACCUACGCAGUGUUCGACCAUCUGGGCUUUUGGUGCUAUACCUUGCUCUGACCCUCGUGUUUGACAUAGCCCGGUGUAGGACACUAUGGGGAAUCCAGUCGGCGGAAAGGGUUGCCGCGGUGCUCAGCGUCGCCGUCGGCCUCAAGACAACCUUAUUGAUUUUAGAGGCAACCGAGAAGCGAAGCAUCUUGCUUCCUCAAUAUCAAUCGUUGCCCGUAGAGGCCACAUCCGGAGAGCUGAACUUAUGGUUUUCAUGGUGGCUUAAUCCAAUAUUAAUACGCGGUUUUAAGAGGCAACUGUCGAUGAAGACAUUGUUUGAUGUCGAUCCGGUGCUUAAAGCUUGGGAGGAUGAGGGUAGUUUAGCUAGAGCGUGGAAGGACUGGAAAUGGAAACAUUCUGGGCUAGCUCUUAUGACUGUUUGUAUGUUACAUAGUAGAGUGGCUCUGCUCAUGUCCAUUUUGCCGCGUCUCUGCCAGAUUGGAUUCACGGUUGCUCAGCCAUUCAUCCUUGAGCGUACCCUCGACUAUAUCCAGGGCACAGGCUACGAGGAUCGACCGUCCGUCGGUACCAGUCUCAUUGUGGUAUAUAUCAUCGUUUACGUAGGUAUUGCUAUCACGACAGCUUUGGCGCAACAUUGGACGUUUCGAAUGAUCACACAGAUGCGAGCUGGCCUCGUUGACUUGAUUUAUCGCCACACACUCGAGAUGUUGCCCACAGCCCUGGAAGGAGCCGAUGCCGUCACACUUAUGAGUACGGAUGUGGAGAGAGUCACUAGUGGUCUUCGCACGUUUCCCGAGUUGUGGGCCAACAUCAUUCAAAUUGGUAUAGCUAUUUGGCUACUUCAGCGGACGCUCUAUCUAGCUGUUCUUGGACCAACGCUUGUGACAAUUGUCUGUACCAGUUUUGCAGUAUGGGUGGCUUCAGGAGCUGGUGAUGCCCAGAAAUCUUGGUUAGACCGGAUUCAAUCACGGGUGACAGCGACGGCCAGCAUGCUUGGGGUUAUGAAAGCUGUCAAGAUGACCGGCCUUACUAUACCACUUGGCGAGAGGAUAAGCGACCUUCGCGAAAAGGAAAUAAAGUCAUCUUUCACCUUCCGUUUUAUCCUUGUCAAGCUAGUAACUCUAUCCAACAUCUCGGAGGCUAUGAAUCCAGUGGCCGCCUUUGGCUUGUACAUCAUCCUUCAGCGCUCUAGCGGCUACGAAAUCAUGAACACAUCCAAGGUUCUGCUUUCGUUGGUUCUCUUACAGCUUUUACUGGUUCCUAUGGCUAUGCUAAUCGAUAGUAUCGCCGGCUUCGUUGGUGCUAUUGGGUGUUUCGGUCGAAUUCAAGAGUAUCUGGGCAAGGAAACCAGAAGAAGUCCGGAGUGGGACAGUGGGAAGCUGAUACCGGCUCUGCCGAAUAUCAAGCAAAAGAUAUUUUCAAACAAACUGCCGUCAUCCGAAACACUCUUUUCAACAAAAGAUUACUUGCCCAAGGCAACACACUCGAGAUUUAUGGCCAACAGAUUGACGUAUCAACCAUUGAGCAGCAUAUUUCAAGAGACUGCUAUCAAUUUCCAUCGGGUUUCCGCUGGAUGGCAAACAGGCUCUCCUGUGUUGAGAGACUUGACCUUCCAGGUGCCUCGUGGCAAAUUUACCAUGAUUGUAGGCCCUGUAGGUUGUGGAAAGUCCACUCUGCUUUACACGAUGCUGAGAGAAACUAUAAUUAGUGAUGGUUUAAUAUCCGGCUCUCUUGAUGAAGUAGCGUUCUGUGCGCAGUCGCCAUGGAUCUUGAACACUACUUUACAACAUAACAUCACUGGUGGAUUUGAUCUGGACAAGGCAUGGUAUAAAACUGUGGUUCAAGCCUGCCAGCUGAGUUACGAUAUCGCUCAGCUGCCACAGGGGGACCAAACAAUUGUGGCUARUCAAGGAAUGGGCCUAAGUGGAGGACAGCAAGUACGCCUAUCACUCGCCCGAGCCAUCUAUUCUCGUAGGAAGACCAUUAUCUUAGACGAUAUUCUCAGCGGCCUGGAUGCAACGACCGAAAAGUUCAUCUUCGCGACUCUCUUCAGUCGAUACGGACUACUAGCCCAGCACGGAGUGACAGUUAUUCUUGCUAGCCACGCUAUCCAUUGUCUUCCCGAAGCGGACCAUAUCAUUGCUCUUGGACAGGGCGGUCACAUCAUCGAACAGGGCACCUGGGAUAAUCUGUCCAGGGCUCAUGGUGGCUAUAUUUAUGGGCUCCAGGUUCAAGAACAAGAACGAGGUGAUGUAGGUAAAAAUAGCAAGCCUGGCGAAGCCACCAACGGAGAUGACUCUAAACCUGUGCUCCCCCGGCUUGAUGAGGCUGGCGACUCCCAAUCCGGCAAUUUUUCUGUUUAUUCCUACUACGUCCAGUGUUUCGGUUGGCCUCGAUUGGGCAUCUUUGUUAUGAUUAGCGCCGUCUUCGGCUUUGCCAUCAUUUUCUCCCAGGUCUGGGCAGAGCGGUGGGGGCAGUACAACACUGCGCAUCCCAAUGAUCGCGCCGGAUACUACUGGGGUGUAUUCUUUGCUAUCGGUGUUCUGGCAAUCAUUUCCUUGGUUACUGGCUGCACCUUUUUCGUCAUGAGCCUUGCUCCCCGUGUGGCGAGAAGAUUUCAUUCCCGACUCCUGAGUACAGUCCUGAGUGCCCCUCUAUCAUUAUUCUAUACGGCAGACAAGGGUUCCAUCACGAACAGAUUCAGUCAGGAUCUGGAGCUUAUUGAUAUAGAGCUACCUGUUUCUCUCGUCCAAACGAUCAUGAUUUUGUUUAUCAUCACCGCGCAAACACUGCUCAUGGCGGUGACGUCCAAGUACCUGGGGGCAGCCCUUCCCUUCAUCCUUGGUGCUGUAGCCGUGCUCCAGAUAUUCUAUCUUCGGACAUCACGCAUACUACGUCUUCUCGAUGUCGAGGCCAAAACUCCUCUCUUCUCUCAUUUUCUCGAAACUCUGAGCGGAGUUGUGACGAUUCGGGCCUACGGCUGGCAGAAGGCAUACACCAUGCGCAACAUUGCCCACAUUAACGAAUCUCAAAAGCCAUUCUAUGCGCUCCUCUCUGUCCAGCAAUGGCUUGGCCUUGUUCUGGAUCUUGUAGCCGCUGGUAUCGCCGUCGUAUUGGCAACUAUUGCAGUCAAGAGUAAGGGCAAGACCGACUCUGGCCUAAUCGGCCUUGCCCUUGUCAAUGUUGUUGGCUUUGGUGGCGCUAUAAAGAAGCUUAUAGUAUUCUGGACGCAGCUUGAGACUUCCAUUGGUGCUGUCAGUCGCGUUCGGAGUUUCACUCUCAACGUGCAGCCAGAGCAUCGAUUUUGGGAGAGGGGGCCAGUACCGCCUAAAUGGCCAGAAGAAGGUGGGAUUGAAUUUGAUAAUGUCAUGGCCUCGUAUGACGGAGAAAACAAUGUCUUAAAGGGAAUCUCACUUAGAAUUCAGGCUGGUCAGAGGAUUGGCAUCUGUGGACGUUCAGGAAGCGGCAAGAGUACUCUGGUAUCAGUGCUCUUUCGAAUGCUGGAGCUCUCAAAUGGCAGCAUUCGCGUCGAUGGUAUUGAUAUCGCGACUAUUCCGCGUGAAGAGGUUCGCUCACGCAUAAUUGCCCUUCCACAGGACGCGUAUCUUCUUCCAGGCACUGUUCGUUUCAAUAUCGACCCGCGUGGUGAGAGAUCAGACGUAGAUAUCACGGACGCGCUCCGCAUGGUUGGUUUGUGGGAAAUAUUUGCAGCACAGGGUGGACUCGAUGCGCCUAUGGAAGUUAAUACUAUUUCACACGGCCAGAAGCAGCUCCUAUGUCUUGCAAGGGCCACAAUGCGUUAUUCAACGAUCUUGGUGCUAGACGAGCCGACUGCAGCAGUUGAUGUCAAAACGGACGCCAUGAUGCAAAAAAUUAUCCGAGAAAGAUUCAAAACGCAUACUAUCAUCACCAUUGCGCACAGAUUAGAUACGAUUAUGGAUUAUGACCGCAUAGCCGUUGUUGAUGCUGGACGGUUGGCUGAGCUGGGUGAACCGGGAGCAUUAUUGGAUGGAAAUACCUUAUUCAGGAAGCUAUACAGAGAUAUGAAUGGGAUGGAUUACGAGGAAGACGAGAAUACAGAGACGGAGGAAGACCAGUUGCACCGUAUAUCGGGCGACAGUAAUUCUGGGACUUUGAUAGAGGAUGAGUAUCGCACUGAUCAUUUCUAG